GUAGUUUAUUUGCCCCGAGCAUCCCUUGAGAAUAUUUAUUGUGGGUUUAGGGUGGAGUGCAGAAGAGGUUCCGUAAAGACUAGGAUUGUAGGUGACACCUCUGCAGCUGUGCCUUUGGGUGUCCCGGAGCACGAGGGGAGGGAGGAGAUAGAUCUAGUCUGAAUUCCCAUCUUGGGAGAAUCUUCUGCAGAUACAGCUUGUAGCUAGAGGAGCCUUGAGUUGGCACAGAAUGGCUAGAGAACCCAGAACGUCCGCAGCCCUAAACGCCCGAUCUGCAGAAGAGGGCACUGGGCUUCUAGUGGUGAAAGUGGAACAGGAAGAGAUCUCCCCCUUGGCAGAGGAGACCAGUUGGCUGGGCAGUCCUGGCCCUGACCGCUCCCGCCAGCGCUUCCGUGCUUUCCGCUACCCAGAGGCAGCCGGGCCCCGGCAGGCGCUGAGCCGGCUCCGCGAGCUCUGCAGACAGUGGCUGCGGCCAGACAUGCACAGCAAGGAGCAGAUCCUGGAGCUGCUGGUGCUGGAGCAGUUCCUGACCAUCCUGCCAGGGGAGCUGCAGGCCUGGGUGCGCGAGCAGCACCCCGACAGCGGGGAGGAGGUGGUGGCGCUGCUGGAGUACUUGGACAGGCAGCUGGAUGACACACCUCCACAGGUUUCAACGGGGGAAUGGAGUCGAGAACUUCUCUGCUGCAAGGUGGCAGUGGUGACACCAUCCCAGGACUCACAAAGUAGCCACUCCCAGGCAAUGAAGUCACUCUUCAAGCAUGAAUCUCAGGAAUCUUUGGAGUGUUCACCCUUACAGGCCAGAGGGCUGGAAAUGAAGCCUGAGACCAGGGACUUGCCUCGAGCUGAAGAAUACAGGGAACAAAAGCCUGAGCAGACAGUGUGCUUCCUGGGUGAAGACACUGUCCCCAUUCCUACAGGUGUAGAAGCCAGUGAGCAGGAAAGCAAGUUACAGACAACACAGAAGAGUGCCACAGGAACCAGGCGGUUCUAUUGCCGUGAAUGUGGGAAGAGCUUUGCUCAGAGUUCAGGCUUGACCAAACACAAAAGAAUCCACACAGGAGAGAAACCUUUUGAAUGUAACCAAUGUAGUAAAGCCUUUGCACAAAGUAGUAGUCUUCUAACACAUAAAAGAAUCCACACAGGAGAGAAGCCCUAUGAAUGUGAAGACUGUGGGAAGACCUUUAUUGGGAGCUCUGCCCUUGUCAUUCAUCAGAGAGUUCACACUGGUGAGAAGCCAUAUGAGUGUGAAGAAUGUGGCAAAGUCUUCAGUCACAGCUCCAACCUCAUCAAGCACCAGAGAACCCACACUGGGGAAAAGCCCUACGAGUGUGAUGACUGUGGGAAAACCUUCACUCAGAGCUGCAGCCUCCUUGAACAUCACAAAAUUCACACUGGGGAGAAGCCAUUCCAGUGCAACUUGUGUGGCAAAGCCUUUAGGCGUAGCUCACAUCUCCUGAGACAUCAGCGGAUCCAUGGUGAUAAAACUGCUCCAAAGCCUCUGCAGGGAGAGGCCUGGGAAGGUCAGAGUACGGUGGCAGGCCAGGGGGAAGAUGUUGAAGCUCCUGAGACUUACCAGUGCAGUGAGUGUGAAAGAAGUUUCACUCAGAGGAGAAGCCUUCUUGAACAUAAAAAAAUCCACACGGGUGAGAAACCCUACCAGUGUGAAGCAUGCGGGAAGGGCUUUACCCGAACUUCAUACCUUGCUCAACAUCAGAGGAGCCACGUGGGGAAAAAAUUGUCUCACAGUGAUCUGUAGCACACCUGCUGGGGUUGGUGAGCACUUGCCAGUGAGCUGAAGACACCUGGAGCCCUCACUACCUGCAGAAGAGAGGGUGUGGCCAAUACACACUGUCCAGCGUUAGAUGUUAUAGUUUGAGGUGGAUUAUCUUUCCUGUUUAAAAAGUAACUGGAAUGAGACUUACNAAUUGAGGAUAUGGAGGUGUUCUCUGGAUGAGAUCGCACUGAAGUGUUCCCACCAUUUGGAUNUACAAGGACUUCCAGAACAGUCACUCUUAGCCAGCAGUUUUCUCCUGAAUGGAUGGUUCCGGAUUUUGGAGUGUCCCUUCUUUACUAUUUGUUUGUCAAUCUGAAUCUUUUAUGUCUAGUCAGAUUCCUGCGGUCUUAGCUCCCCUAUUGUGCCUUGUGCAUGGGUGCUAGAAAACCUUUACUCCAGGGACUGAUGAAAUAUUCUUCAACACUGAAAAUCUGGGUCUAGCUUUCUGAAGAAGUUCUAACUUGGACCAUUUGUGUUUGCAUCUAACUGGCUAAGGUUCUAGAGUCUGAGGCAGCCCUACAGUUUUCAUAUUAAGUACACAGUGUUACAGAGUUCGAGUAGAGAGAUUCCAUAUAUCUUUACGAGGAUAGAGAAUAUGGUGAAGAAUGCCUCCAGCAACUUCUGAAGAUGUAGGGAGACAUUCCUGUCCUAAAAACCUCCAUUAGAACAUACUUAGGUGUUUUUUUUUUAACCUUUUACUGUGAAAGUUUUCAGUUAUGCAAAUAAAAAGCAAUCUUAUUUU